UGACAAGAUGUUUGGGACAGUCAAAACAUUGCCCCAAGCGGAAUGCCGAGACCUGGGCAACCCAAUUCCUUUCAUGAGGGCCCCUCAUGAAUAUGAUGAAAAUGAUAUAAUGAUGAAGUGCAUCAUUUAAUAAGUGAAGAUGCCUGGUGAGCGAGGGAGAGGACAAGGACGGGUGAGGAGAGGAGGUGGUCGAGGGGCAAGAAGAAUUCUCAACUUUUCACCCACCGCCCAGCCCGAGCCCCAAAGGUGUACCAGUGGAAGCUCCUGCACCACGUGCACCGUCGUCACAGAGGAGAUCUGCGAGCAGCUGCGCCGGCGCGCCGCCGCCGUGGACUCCGACAGUGGGGUCGAGGUGGAGGUGAGCGACGCGAAGGACGGCGCGGCCGGCGGCGCCCCGUCCGCCUCCGGUGGCAGCGCGCUCAGCAAGCUCAACGAGGAGACUCACGCCUAUUGCCGCGGCGCGGCCCCGCCGGCUGGUGACCGUCCGGAAACCCAAGCCGUUCAUGGGUGACUGAGUGAAACGAAUGGACGUGCAUGUGCGUUUUUGUUCUGUGUAUGCGUGCGUUUGGAAAUGGCGUCUCUAUGUGCGUGCUUGUUUUGUAGAAGCGCUAGCGGUGCCGACGGACCCAGCGAUGGCGCGGAGGGCUUUGAUGUACCGUGUGUCUUUGAUGUUGAUGCAUUCUCGUGUUUUGUUGGUCGCGCGCCCAGCAGCACCGUGUACAUAGCCGGGGGCGUUUCUGCUCGACGCCACGUUCUGUUCGUUGUAUCUCAGUGCCAGCUUUUUGCUCCAAGUCCCGCUCGUGGAACACGCGACUCGCUCGAUUCAAAUAAUAAAUAUACACUUCAUU